AUGAAGCACUUGCUGGAGGAGACGCCCAGCAAAUGGUUUCUCGAUGACCAGAAGUAUUGCAGAAGAGAAGUGUUGGAGGAGAACGUGAUUGAUGAGGAGAUGCUCAAGCGGAUCGAUUUUUUCCGCAACUUUGGACCAACAUUUCUGGACGAGCUACUCAGUACUCCAGAGAGCAUCCGCAAGGUGCUGGUGAUGCCGGGCACUGUGCUGCUACGCGAGGGAGCCUCUGGAGACUCCAUGAUGGUCAUCUCGAAAGGCCGGGUGGCCGCAUCAGUGAAUGGCCGCGUGGUGAAGCACCUGGGUGAGGGCUCCUAUUUCGGUGAGUUGGUCUUCCUUGGCGCCUCGCUGGUGCGCUCCGUUACAGUCACCGCCACCACCUUCUGCGACGUGCGCAUCAUCUACCACCGCUCCUUCCAGCGGAUUGCCGACAAGUACCCCGAGGUGCAGGCCACCCUGAACAAGUUCGAUUUGGCCCAGUGCGACCUCAGAUUGAAUGCGAAGGCAGCCAGCAAACUGGGCAAGGCGCUGGCUGAGGCCCUGGCACAAGUCUUUCAGCCUCUCGGCGGAGAUGGCUGCCUGUUCGUUGCCUUUAUAGGAGAACAGGGAGCCCCGUUGCUGGAUCGAAUGGCGCUUGACGAAGUCAACCAGCACAUUUUUUGCGGCACAGGGCCAUGCCCCAGCGCUCAGCAGCGCCGAAGACCGUUGAACAUGCUGGAUGCGCCGUUGCCGAAACCAUGGAUGUGGCUGAACGGUUGCCACGAGACGAAGAAGACCGUCCUGGCACAAGCACCAGCGGCGCUGCAGGUGGGUGGCCUGCUGCGCCUGUGCGGCACAGGGCCCAGAUGGGAAGGCCGGCAGAUCAAUGCAAAAAUCGCUGACAUUCGCAAGUCUGACGACACGGUGAAAGUGGAGUACCUCAUCGGGGGCUUCAAGCGCUUUCCACGGACAAAGCUGGAAGAGCUAAUCGUGAAGCGACCUAGCCACUCCCACUCCAUCAAGGACUUCCAGGCCGGGCAGCACCUUGUCCUCCAUGGCUUCGGCCCUAUGGACAGCAACGUGGCUGUGGUUGUUGACAUUCAGGAGUCAGACGAAACGGUGCGAGUGCGCUACAUCAACGGAGAGUUCAAGCGCUUCUCUGUGCCAGAGUUGGAGUUGACGAUGAGUGAGCAGGCACCAGCGUCUUGGGAGAAGUGGUCAGUGGGACAGCACAUCUACUUGUCAGGUUCAGGCAAGUGGUGGACUGGAAGCUGCUUCGCUGCCUCUAUCGUAGACAUCCGGCACUCAGACUCCACCAUCAAGGUGCAGUACACCUCGGGGGGCUUCAAGCGGUUUCCCAUGGCGGAGUUCAAGCAGCUGGUCACGGAGCAGCGCUUGCCGGAGAGAUUGGUCGAGCGGCGGCACGCAAGAGCUCAACGAGCUUGA